UUCUCUUCAUGGUCUGCCGGUUGACCCGUCCAAUUGGUGCAAUGGCCAUACCCAUACGCGCGACUCUGCCGCGUCCGGUGCCCGCUGCGACUAACCUUCGUCCCUUCGUCUCGCUUCACCUGCGCUUCUCCCAAUCGCCCGCCGUCCGCUCCCUCGUCCGAGGCUACCGCGUCUUAAGAGCGCGCUUGUCCGUCCGCAGCAUGGGUUCUUCUCCCUCCUCCCAGAGGCCCGAUAAAGUCCAAGAAUCAAUAAAUGUUAAUCCUGCCUCAUUGAGUGAUGAAGAGUGGAAGAAGCGAUUGACAAGUGAACAAUACUACAUUACUCGUCAGAAGGGUACUGAGAGGGCUUUCACUGGGGAAUACUGGAACACUAAAACCCCUGGAACCUACCACUGCAUAUGCUGUGAUAAACCGUUGUUUGAAUCAACUACGAAAUUUGACAGUGGAACUGGCUGGCCAUCCUACUAUGAACCAAUCAGCAACAAUGUGAAAUCCAAGUUGGACAUGUCAAUCAUUUUCAUGCCCAGGACAGAAGUUCUUUGUGCUGCAUGUGAUGCUCAUCUCGGUCAUGUUUUUGAAGAUGGGCCACCACCUACCGGAAAGCGAUAUUGUAUCAACAGUGCUACCCUAAAGCUGAAGCCCAAGUAGCAUGGCACUGAGGAUCUGUUACAGUUUCACAGUCGAAUAUAGAUGAUUAUCCUUGUCGAGGAAUUAUAUUAAAUAUCUUCUUGUGCCUCUUCUGUACGUGACUUCAACUUUACUAUAAUAACUAGCAACUGAUUGGAGACUCAGCCCUGAUGUGAAUUCCUGAGAUAGCCUUUUGUCUAGGUUUUCCCUCAACAUUCUUGAUUUACAGAUCCAAUUGGUUUCUUCCUGUCGUUAGAUUUGCCACGAUGUUAUAAUGAUUUUAAUAGCAAUAGUGUUCUAAGACAAUCAGAUUAUAAUUAGAUAAUUACUGUUAUAUACUUGCAUCUUAAAUUAAUGAGAUUACUUGUUUUAUUA